AUGCCACCACCGGUGUCGUUAUCAAGGUCGCUGGAAACUUGCUCUGAAGAGGCGUCAUCAUCGCCGUCUGUUAAUGUCAGAGCCGGGGCGACGACACGGACGCAAAAGACAAAGACAUCCAGCGGCAAUAAAAAGAGAGGGCGUGUUGCAACGUUAAAGACGCGGCCUGAGGUUGAGCAGAUAUUCGAGGGGUUGUCUUUCUUUUACAUUCCGGACAAUGACAUUGCACCUGUCAGGCGGCUGCGGAUCAAUAGGGCCAAGGAAUUUGGAGCAGAGUGGACGAGAGACAUGAUGACGGCCACGCAUGUCAUUGUGGAGAAGAAGCUCGUGUAUAAGGAUGUUGAAAAGCUGUGGCCGAAGGACGGAUUUGGGGAUCGAGCGCCGCCAAAGGUUGUCAACGAGGAUUACCCCCUUGAUUGCAUUCAGUUCCGUGCUAUUGUGGAUCCGGGUCAAAAGAAGUAUCUUCUAGACGGUCAGGUUACGACGGAAACAAAAGACAAAGAGGUUCUUCUUCCUACUUCUGGUGUUGUAGAUUCCGGCCCUGGGACAAAGUCAAAGGCGAGUUCAUUGCCAUUGAAGCCGCAGCAUCAUAACAAGAGGAAGUGGGAUUAUGUGCCACCCAGGGGGACGCCUUCUCAAGGAGAGGAAUCUUCACUCAUGAAGAGUUUGCCAAAAGCCAAUGCUAGAUCCAAAACGCCACCGAAGAAGGAUGACGAGUUAUCGGAAUUCAUCUCAAUGAUGCAAGAGUUUAAAGACUUGCCCCUGGAUGUUGACGAAGACGAUGAUGCUCAGUCCACGAGCGUUGGAUCGCAACACCAGGUGGAUCUCGACCAAGGGUCUGGCUCAGAGAAUGAGCGGCCUUCAAAGAGAAGAUCAUCUAGGAGGGUACGGCCAACCAACAAGGCAAUUACUUUUAAAGAUCGCUUUGCUUGCAACAGAGCCGGGAGAAAGGAUGCUGGACAAGACAACCCAAAUGCACGCACCAUUGAGAUGCUGCAAAAGAUGAACAGCUACUACGAGAGAGUCAACGAUCACUGGCGAACACUGGCUUAUCGGAAGGCCAUUGGCACCCUGAAGCAGCAGACCGUCAAGAUCACCACUGAAGAAGAGGCAUACCGACUACCCAGUAUCGGCCGUCGGCUAGCGCAAAAGAUUGAAGAAAUUGUGACGACGGAUAAGCUGAAGAGGCUCGAAUACGCAGAGGAAGAACCGACAAACUCUGCGCUGCAAACAUUCCUCAAGAUUUACGGCGUGGGGAACAAGGUAGCACAGCAAUGGAUUGCGCAAGGCUGGCGGACGCUCGACGACAUAAAGCAGCAUGUCAAGCUGACGCCCAGCCAGAUGGUUGGCGUCGAGCACUACGAUGACCUAAACACGAGGAUACCCCGAAAGGAAGUCACUGCCCUUGGAGAGGUUGUGAAGAGGGCUGCGGCGAAGAUGGAUCCGAUGGUGCAGCUCAUUAUCGGGGGCAGUUACCGAAGGGGUGCUGAGAGUUCUCACGACAUUGAUUUCAUCGUGACGAAGCCCGGCACGGAAUCUGUGGCACAUCUCAAGUCCUUUUUGAAUACCUUGGUGGCUCAGUUGGAGAGAGACGAGUUUCUCGUGGCACGACUGGCAUCAUCCCGAGCCGGAAGCGAUGGCAGCAAAUGGCACGGAUGCUGCGUGCUGCCCAAGAUCAAGGGCCUCAACGACGACGACGAAGAGUACCGCCCGAUAUGGAGAAGAAUCGACUUUUUACUGGUGCCAGAGGUGGAACUGGGCGCUGCGCUCAUCUACUUCACCGGCAACGACAUCUUCAAUCGCAGCAUGCGGCUGCUGGCGUCCAAGAAGGGCAUGAGGCUGAACCAGCACGGGCUGUAUCGCGAUGUGCUGAGGGGGCCGGAUAGAGUCAAAGUUACGGAAGGGGAGCUGGUGGAGCGGAGGGAUGAGAGGAGGAUAUUUGAGAUUUUGGGGGUUACGUGGCGGGAGCCGUGGGAGAGGUGGUGCUGA